AAUUUUGUUACUCGGCAAGCAAUAAGCAUAGUGAUGUGGUUAGACAACUAUAUAAAGAGGUGAAAUGGAGGUGACAGAAUACAAUUAAGCUUCUAAGUUUUGUGCUUUUAAUUUCUUCUCUAUGGCUACCGUCUUUGAAACAAGCAAUAGAUCCUCAAUGGCUGCUAUCGUGCUACUUCUGGGACUCUUGGUGGCAAACCUUGGCACAACAGGUGGAGAAUCGAUAGGGAUUUGUUAUGGAAUGAUGGGCAACAAUCUAGCAUCCACUUCAGAAGUAAUAUCUCUCUACACAUCCAACAACAUCAAGCGAAUGAGAAUCUAUGAUCCCAACCAAGCAGUUCUGCAAGCUCUUAAAGACUCCAACAUUGAGCUCAUGCUUGGCGUUCCAAAUUCAGACCUUCAAAGCCUUGCCGCCAACCCUUCCAAUGCAAAUUCAUGGGUACAAAGAAAUGUGCUCAGCUUCUGGCCUAGCGUCAGAUUCCGAUACAUUGCUGUUGGAAAUGAAGUCAGCCCUGUCAAUGGCGCCACAGCUUCGCUGGCUCAGUUUGUUCUCCCUGCGGUGCGAAACGUAUUCAAUGCAAUCAAAUCUGCGGGCCUUCAGGACCAAAUCAAGGUUUCAACUGCCAUUGACAUGACGUUGAUCGGAACCUCGUACCCCCCGUCGCAGGGGGCUUUCCGGGGAGAUGUGAGGGCAUAUUUAGACCCCAUCAUCGGCCACCUUGCAUAUGCCAAGGCACCAUUACUAGCAAAUGUGUACACUUAUUUCAGCUAUGCAGGGAAUCCACGUGACAUAUCUCUUCCCUACGCUUUGUUUACUUCCCCAUCGGUUGUCGUAUGGGAUGGGCAGCGUGGAUACCAAAACCUUUUUGAUGCGUUGAUGGAUGCACUGUACUCUGCCCUUGAGAGGACUGGAAAUCCUCUGGAGGUUGUGGUGUCGGAGAGCGGAUGGCCGUCGGCCGGCGGGGUUGCUACCACCGUUGAUAACGCACGUGCUUAUUACUCGAAUUUGAUCCGGCACGUCAAAAAGGGCACGCCCAAGAUCCCUGACAGGGCAAUAGAGACUUACCUGUUUGCCAUGUUUGAUGAGAAUCAGAAACCGCAAGAGCUGGAGAAACACUUUGGGGUGUUCUUCCCAAAUAAACAGCCCAAAUAUUCCCUCAAUUUCAAUGGAGAAAGAAUAAUCUGGGAGGGUGUCGAUGUUGAUCAGUAUAAUGCAACAGUUUCCCUUAAGAGUGAGAUGUAAGAAUACUGCAAGCAUAGGAUCGGAGCUCUUUCCUUUUGUGUUUCUUGGUCUUUUUAAUAAAAGAAUCCACCGCUUGUAUUC